GAAAUGAAGAAAGAAAGAUGAUAGGGCAACCUUAAGCAGAAAGAAAAUGUGAUCUCUUCUGGCCAAAUUUCCAGGAAACUGCCUUCCCUUUUUCUGGUUCAUUUGGCAUGAAACAGAAGGACCGAACUGUUAGCUUUCUAAAACAUCUUUCUUCAUUGUCUACUUGCACGAGUCUUCCAAGCCGAUUACAUUUUCUUUUCAUUUUUGUAUAAGCAUGGAGAAAACAGAGCACCUCCAUCCCUUACCCCUGAAACAAACAACCUGUUUCUAAUCUCAGAUGGAUUUAUUCACAGAUUUCUCCCUUCAGAGCUCAUGUUUCUUUGCAGAAGCUCCAAUUUCCCUCACCCAUUUCUUAACUGUAUCUGCUAUCAUCCUCGUACUUCUCUACUAUGCUUUCAGAGUCAAUUCUGUUUAUCUCUUGGAUUACUCCUGUUACAGGCCACCGGAUAGCUUGAGAGCUGUGAUUCCCUAUUUCAUGGAAUAUAUAGAAACGGGUAAUAACAAGUUUGGUAGAGAUAGCAUUGAUUUCCAGACAAAAGUUAUAGAACGAUCAGGGGUAGGAGAUGAAGCCUCUGUACCCAUUACACUGCAUCAGAUGCCGGCUGAUUUUUCUUUGAAACCUACAAAAGAAGAAACUGAAGAAAUUCUUUUCACCAUCAUCAAAGAUCUCCUUUCAAAACACAACAUAAACCCAAAAAGCAUUGACAUUCUUGUGUCAAACUGCAGCCUUUUUUGCCCAACCCCGUCUAUUACAGCCAUGGUGGUGAACAGGUUUGGAUUCCGAAGCAACAUAAAGAGCUUCACCCUGAGUGGAAUGGGCUGCAGUGCUGGAAUGUUGUCAAUAAGUCUGGUGAAAGAUCUUCUUAGAGUUCAUAAGAACUCACUGGCUUUGGUGCUGAGCUUGGAAGCUAUUACUCCAAAUGGUUAUAAGGGUAAAAACAAGUCUAUGCUUGUUCCCAACACCAUUUUCCGUAUGGGUGGCGCCGCCAUUCUGUUGUCAAACAGAAAACAAGAUAGGAGAAAAGCCAAGUACAAGCUCCAGCACCUUGUCCGGACUCACAUGGGAUCAGACGAUCGUGCCUACCAUUCCAUCUUUCAGCAACAGGAUGAAGAAGGUUUUGUGGGGGUGUCGCUUUCCAGGGCGCUUCUACAUGUUGCUGCCAAUGCUUUAAAGACCAAUCUAUCGGAGUUGGGCCCUCUGGUGCUACCAUACUCUGAGCAGCUCCAGUUUGGGUGGUCUGUCCUUCGCCAGAAAUUUUGGGCCACCAGAGGACAGAAGCAAACUUACGUGCCUAAAUUCAAGAAAGCAUUCGAGCAUUUCUGCAUACAUGCUGGUGGUAGGGCUGUAAUAGAUGCCGUGGAAGAUAAUCUAAAGCUAGAGAAGGAAGACGGAGAAGCAUCAAGGAUGACACUGUAUAGAUUUGGGAACACGUCCUCAUCUUCAGUCUGGUAUGAGCUCUGCUACCUGGAAGCAAAAGGGAAGAUGAAGAAGGGAGACCGAGUUUGGCAACUUGCAUUUGGUAGUGGCUUUAAGUCCAACAGUGCAGUGUGGAAAUGCAUUUCAGAUAUUGAUCCGAAGGAAAGAAACGCAUGGUCGGAUAGAAUCCAUCGGUAUCCUGUUGACAUUCCGACCAUGCACUAAUGGUUGAUAUAUUUUCUAGCUAUUAACAGAUCUUCUAAGUUCAUAGUGUAAUUUACUACGAAUUUGCUAUCAUACAUUGAUGAAAUUUGCUUGCCUGAAAGCUGAAAUACUGUAUCAUUAGACUGUAAUUUAAGAAUUCAAGUUGACCUGUUUUAUACAAUUUAUUCACAGGAAUGAUGCUCUAUCAUAUCUUAAGUUUGGUGUAAAUAACUGUGAUGGAUAAAGCAGUUCAAGAAACACAGCGCAGGAACUGCUCAUCACCUCGUAUGUUGCAAGUCAUGCCAGUGACAGUGGAGGGUGUGCUGCACAGCCUGCCUUCAAAACCAUGUCAAAAUGCAAGAAAUAGAUGGGCACUGAAUUUUGAGAUGUUCUUCCAGCAUACCAUGCAGCUCCAGAAGCCAGUGCUUGUGAAGCCUGGAUUUGGAAGAUUCAAACAUCUACCUAUACCAAGUACUGGUGAAUUAGAAAUAAAUGGUAUGCAUUGAU